AUGCCCCGAGGGAAGAGGGACCCGGUCCUGCUGUCCCCGGCCGAGCUGCCCGGCCCCGAGGGAGACGGUCCCCGAGCGGGUGGGGACGGCCGGCGGUCCGCGGAGGAGGAGGAGGAGGAGGACGGACACCUCCCGGGGCUGCCCCGCGACGACCUCACCAAGAGCAUGUCGAGCUCCUCCGUGUCCUCCUACCACUCCGCCCUGUGCUCGGACGGCACGGAGACCUUCAAGGACUGCCUGGAGUUCCUGGACGAGGAGGGAGCGCCCGGCCGGGCUGCCCCGGGGCGCUGGGCUCCGGCGGGGGCCCCCGGCGUCCCCCCACCGCCCGGCCCCCUCGCCCGCCCGCAGCGGGCUCAGCUGUCCAGCGCGGCUAAGAAUAGCCCAGCGCAGGGCCAGGGGGGCAGGAUGGGUCCCCUCGGUGGGGACCGGCAGCCUGUGCCGGCCGCUGCCGCCGCCGGGGAGCCGGCCGUGCCCCGGCAGCCCGGGGCGAUGCUCGCCGGGGCUCCCAGCGACUCGGACGAAGUGGACGGCGAGGUGCAGGCGCUGACGGCGAGGGCUUUCCGCAGCCUCUCGGGACUCCCCGGAGGUCGCCUCGACAUGUGCAGCUCCCACACCUCCUCCAGCCUCUCCAAUUCGCUGUCGGAGGACGGCGGGCGGCCGCGGCGGUGGCCGGCGGGCGCCGGGGAGCUCCGGGGCGCGGUGACAGCUCUGCAUGGCAGGGUGGGCUGGCCUUUCCCCGCCGGCCUGGACGGGGAGCUGCUGGCCAAGGAGCAGUUCGAGUGCGUGGACGUGGAGCUGGAGAGCGGCGAGGCCAGGAAGGGCCACGGCAAGAAGAGGACGGUGCCCAAGCGCCAGAUCCUGCUGAAGAGGAAGGAGAGGAAGGAGACGGGCUUUGGCCCUCGGGGGGAUGGCCCAGCGCCACAGCCCCCUGCCAGGAAGGAGCCCCCCAGCAAGGGCAGAGCCCUCGGCGAGGAUUUCAGGCUCAACUACCAACAGUUCAUGAAGGCGGCGUCCCUGGGCACCGGCACCGACAGGACCAGGGCGGCCUCGAGCCUAGUGAAAAACGUCCUGGCCAAGAAGAUGCAAUACGAGCAGCGCAUCAAGAUGGAGCAGAAGGGGCUGCGGGGCAGCUCGACCUCCUCGGGGCCGUCCUCCGCCGGCACCGACCUGCUGGGGGAUGGUCUGGAGGGCAAAUCCAGCUCGCUGUCCCGCUCGGACUGCAGCUUCUCGGCCGAGGACCUGCGGGGCGGAGGGAUGCCGGCGGCCACGGCGGCCGCGGGGAGCAGCAGCACCACCACCACCCAUCCCACCAAGGGCGUGGUGCUCAGCGAGGAGACGAGGGAGACCGUCUGCAACCUGAGGAAGACGUUCAACGAGCUCAACCAGAGGAUGAAGUACCGGGAGGUGUUGGAGGGCCGCUGGCUGCCCGCGGCCGCAGAGGAGCACACGUCGGAGAGGAUCUGCUACCAGCGAGCCCGCGCCUUGUUCGAAGCCCAGCCUGGGGUGGGGAAGAUGCUGGAUGUCGCCCCUCGGUUUGCGAGGGCACCGAGGCCGUGGCCCAGCUUGAAGGAGAGAGCCAUCGGCCCCAUCCAUUCCCAAACCCUCCCCUUCAAAGCCGAGGGGCCGGCGCUCCCCUCCACCUCCCCGCGCCGCCCCUUCACCUCCUCCCGGGGGCAGGAGGCGAGGUCGCUGCCGCAGAACCAGCCAGAGAAGCCGCCGGCAGCGCCCCGCCGGCCGCCCAGCCCCGGUAUCCCGGUCCCCCGGGGGUCCCCGCCAGCCGCGCCCCCCAAGCCAGAAGAGAAGGGGAAGGGGCGAGUCCCGCAGCCCCGGGACGUGCGCAAGCUGGUGAAGAGCAGCUACAGCCUCAAGUUCGGGACUGCCGGCUCCUCCCGUGGCACCGUGGCACCGACGAGCAGCGGGGAGCCCCCCCCGGCCGCCCCUCUGGUCAUCCACUGCACCUCGGUCCGCCGGGAGCCGGCGCCGGAGCCGGCGGGUGAGGAGGUGCUGGCAGCUCCGGCCUGUGCCGAGGGGCCCGCAAAGCCCCCCGGCAGCCGGGCCGCGCCCCCACACAGCUCCCCCAUCAACAUCACGAGGGUCCAGGCCACGCGGAGAGGAGCGGCCCCCACGGAGGAGCCGCCGGCAUCGCCCCCGCGCCGGGAGCGCAGCGAGCUCAGGGUGCCCCCACGGGUGCCGCACGUGGAGACCCAUCUGCACGUCCUGGUGGGCCGGCCCGGCCCGGGGGCCAGGGAGAGCUCCCCGGCUCAGAGCAGCGCGGUGCUGCGGGCAGAGAAGACCGUUCUCCUGCCUCCGCCACCCACGAGUCCCGCGGAGGGGCAGGAGGUUCGCGGCCGCGGCGGCACCAGGGCGCUCCACUCCGCCGAGGGGCCGGAGCCGCUGGGGCAGCGACACAGCAGCGGGGACAGCCGGGACCCCCGAGCCGGAGCCCCGGGGAGCAGCAGCGCGGCGGAGCCCCGGGCCAGCGAGCAGAGGCAGGAGCAGCCCGGAGGCCGGCAGGGGGCGGUGGGCAGCGGGGGCUCUGCCGGUGGCACCGGCCCCGCCGCCCCGCCCCGAGCCGGGGACGGCAGCGAAGGCCCCCCCGGGGCCUGGGAGCACUCGACGCAGUGCCCGGCGCCUACAGAGCCCUACCCGGCCGCUGCCCCUGAAGAGACCUCCAGCUACUUGGCAAUCCCCGAGAGAGCCCCCAAAUCCACGCUGAUGCCAAAGCUGUCCUUGGUCCCCAACCCAGGCAGUGCAUCCUUUGGGACCCCCUUUGUCCCCAGCCCAGCCAGCGCCUCUUUUGGGGCUCCCUCAGCCCCCAACCCAGGCACUGUGUCCUUUGGGACCUCCAUGGUCACCACUGUGACCAGCUCAUCCUUCGGCUUCCCAUCAGCCUCCAUCCAGGCCAGCACAUCCCUUGGGACCCCCUUGGUUUCCAACUCCAACAAGUCUUUUGGGGCCCCUCUGGUGCCCAACCUGUGCAGCACAUCCUUCAGGAACCCCCUGGUCCCAAAUCCAUCCAGUGCAUCCUUCGGGAACCCACUGGUGCCCAAUCCAUCCAGUGCAUCCUUUGGGAGCCACUUGAUCCCAAAUCCAUCCAGUGCAUCCUUUGGGAAUCCCUUGAUCCCAAAUCCAUCCAGUGCAUCCUUUGGGAAUCCCUUGGUUCCAAAUCCAUCCAGUGCAUCCUUUGGGAGCCCCUUGGUCCCCAGUCCAUCGAGUGCAUCCUUUGGGUCCCCACUGGUCCCCAAUCCAUCCAGUGCAUCCUUCGGGAACCCCUUGAUCAGCAACCCAAUCCCCAUUUCCCUUGGGCGUCCAUCAGCCUCCCACAUGGCCAGCUCUUUCUUUGGAUCCCCUUUUGUCCCCAGCCCGGCCAGCGCUCCGCUGGGAUCUGGUGCCUAUCCCCUUCCUGCCGGGGAAGUGCCCUGGAGCAAGCCCAGCCCUGAGCCCCCCCUGCCCCGACCCCCCGAGGGCCCGGCUGCUGUGGAGCCCCCGGGUCAGCCCCACCUGGAGGAUGCUCCUCAUUUCCUCAGGAGCACCGACGGCCCCUCUCCGAGUGGGAGGAGCAGGCAAAGCCCCCCCAAGCCCUUCCCCGCACCCCUGCCCGCGCAGCGGAGGAUGCUCGUGGAUCCCAGCAGCGGGAAGUGCUACUACAUGGAGCCGCCGCGGCAGCCCCAGAUGAAAACGCUCUACGACCCCGAGACCGGGCAGUACCUGGAGGUGCUGGUCCCACCGGUGGCAUCACACACCGGGCUCUACCCGGCACCUUUCAACCCCCUGAUCGUGGCCCCGGGGGCCUAUGGCCCACCCUACGCCCCCUACGGCGGCUUCCCGGGGCUCCCGGCACCGCCGCCCUCCGCCCCCUCGCCUCCGCGCCCCUCGCUGCCGGCUGCCGAAAACCCCGGGACCCCCGGCUCUGCUCCCAAGGCCGAGGGGCCGUCCCCUGCCGGGGGUCCCGACUGCGGCUACCUGGAGAGCCUGUACUACAUCCCCACGGGGAUGCGGGCCAGUCCCGGCCCCGAGCAGCCCCCGGCCCGCGGCAGCCCCGCCGCGCCCGAGGGCUCGCUGCUCCGGCUGUGACGGGAUGGACCCGUGGGGAUGUCCCUUCCGUCAGCCCGGAGUCAGCAUCACCCCUGGGGCAGGAGGGCCCCCUACUCACGGCUGAGCCCGCAAAGCGCCGAGGGGCAGCGGGCACCGCCUGGACUUCACUGGCUUCUCGUGGAAACGGGGACAAAAAGGUUAUUUUCGUCUGUGAGCACCUGGCAGCCCCAGGGGGACAUGGAGGUGGGCUCCGGGCAGCAAAGGAACCACACAGGUCCUGCUUCCCCCAGUCCUGCCAGUCCCAUCCCAAGGAUGGGCCGGGCUGGUUCUCACAGGGGGGUGAUGGCCUGGCCACCCCCAGCCCCCUGCCAGCCACGGCUGCAGCACAGA